AUGUCUUUCGUACGGACUUCACGAGCUCUUCAGCUCUCGCGAGCACGGGUGUGGCCACAGCAGUCCUCCCGUUACCUAUCCGCGACCGCGCACACCCGACUCGGCGAACCUGAUCCCAAAGCCAUCCCCGAUGCCGAAGCCAUGCAGACGACUGAAGACCAAGCCUCAAUGGUGGUGGCCGAGAAACAGCCAGAAGAUUUGAUCUCACAGCGCCAUGACCUCAACCAGCCAGACUACGGCGCUACAGUCGACCACGGGACCUCGACCUUCUCCCCCGUUCCCCGGCGCGUCAUGAAUGGCAGCGAGCCUGGCGGGAUCACCCCGGCGGCUGUCUUGUCCGGGGCGCCUGUCGAUCUGCAAGCCAGAACAGUCCGAAUCUUUAAGCCCACCAAGGGAGCCACACAAUCCGGCAAUUGGACCUCGCAAUCAUGGCGCAUGGACUGGGACCCACUACCCAAAGGUCACCGAUGGGAAAAUCCGCUCAUGGGCUGGCAGUCAUCGGGCGACUUCAUGCAGGGCACCAAGCUGAAUUUCAAGACUAAAGAGGACGCGGUACGGUUCGCCCAGAAACAGGGCUACGAGUAUUAUGUGCAGGAGCCACAGGCUCGACGGAUCGCCGUCAAGGCUUAUGCGGUAAGUAUCGAUAUCUUGAAUGUACUUGUACAGGAACAACUGGAAGAUCUUCGGAUUUAG